AUGGAUUCGAAUGCUCACAAUAAAAGGCUGCCCCAGCCAGAAGAGGAAAUCGAAGUCAUCAUGCCCGUUAAAUUCAGCAUCUUCGGUAAACCUAUCCACCACAACUUGACUGAUAUUAAGGACCAAGUUUCUAAUCAAAACCCACCCAAAAACGACAAAGCCAACGACGUAGGAUCACCGAGUUGA